AUGUCCCGCUCCUCCCAGUGGCGGGCCAAGAAGCGCGAGGAGAUGGACGCCAAGGGCUUCGUUCGGCCGGCGCGCGCCUUCUCAUCCACCCAUGGCACGGGCGCUGGCACCGAUCGCGCCACGGGUGGUGGCCCCAACUCCGGCUUCGGUCCUAGCCCCGGUCUCGGCUCGGACUCAAGCCCCGGCCCCGGCCCUGGCCCCGACCCCAACUCCGACCCCGGUCUCUGCUCCGGGUCCGGCCCCGGUCUCGGCUCCCGCUCCGGUCCCGGUGUUGGCUCCGGCUCCGGCCCGGGUCCUAGCCUCAACCCCAGCUCCGUGUGUGACAGCUUCGGUGUCGGUGACAGCUUCGGCCCCGGUCCCGGUCUCGGCUCCGGCCCUAGUUCUGACCACGACCGCAACUCCGGCUCCAGCACCGACCCCGGUCCCGGUGUCGGCUACGUCCUCUGCCCCGGUCCUGGCCCCACCAUCGGUCUCGGCUCCGGUUUCGGCUCCGGCCCCGGUUCCGGUGUCGGCUACGUCCUCUGCCUCGGUCCUGGCCCCAGCACCGGUCUCGGCUCCGGCUCCGGCUCCGGCUCCGGACCAGGCCCCGGCUCGGCCUCCGACUCUGACUGCAGCGCCACCGCGCAGGCGACUUCUGUCUUUUAG